UAAAUACAAAACAAGCAUGGCGAUGCCACAAAUAAGUUUGGCCGAUCAGGCAAAAUUGCAGCUGAUGCAAGAAAUGGAAAUUGAAAUGAUGUCCGAUUUAUAUAAUCGCAUGACAAACGCCUGUCACAAAAAGUGUAUUCCACCACGCUAUGGUGAAUCCGAAUUGGGCAAGGGCGAAAUGGUUUGCAUCGAUAGAUGUGUGGCCAAAUAUUUGGAUAUACACGAGAAGAUUGGCAAGAAGCUGACGGCGAUGUCGAUGCAAGAUGAGGAGCUCAUCAAGAAAAUGUCCGGUUAAAUUUGGAAAUUGAACGACUUUGGUCACAUUGACUCACAAUUCCUUGUACAAUUUGCUUAAGCUACAAGCCCCAGGCGCAUUUCAAUUGUUACGUUAUUUUACACACAAGAAUAAACAAUACGCUACAG